CUUCCCCACACUCCCACUAGCCGCUGCAAGUUGGACAUGUGGUGCUACCAGGUACCAGCUGACCGCGUUGGUUUCAGUUUGUUAUAAGCGUGAGGGUUUGUGCGAGGCAGGAGAGCAUUAGAGCUAGGAAACUAAAGCAGCAGAAGCAUCUCAGAGAGUAGGAGUGAGUUGGGGAGAUGGAGCUUGACGAGGAGACGUUCUUGGACGAGCUCAUGUCGCUGCGGCGGGAGGCAGCGGAGCCGUGGCAAGCUCACCCGGGCGGCGGCAGCAUGAUGAUGAGCGACCUUCUCUUCUACGGCGGCGAGGGCGCCGAUGCGAGGAGCGGCAUGGACCUGUCGCCGUUCCAGGAGCUGGCGCCCAUGCCGCCCGCGGCGCCUCCGCACCCGCACGAGGAGUUCAACUUUGACUGCUUAAGCGAGGUGUGCAACCCUUACAGGAGCUCCGUCGCCGUCCCAGGGGAGGCAGCAGCCGGCGGCCAGACGCUCACACCUCUCCAUGACGCCAACAUAUUGGAGGAGGAGACAAGCGGUGAUAAGGGGCUCUAUGGAGGUGGGGGUUCCCCGACGUUCGUCUUCGGAGGAGGCGCUGGAGAGAGCUCGGAGAUGGGCAUCAGGGCUGUCGGCGGCGCGCACCACAGGAGCAAGCUUCACGGCACACCGUCAAAGAACCUCAUGGCUGAGAGGCGGCGGAGGAAGCGACUAAACGACCGGCUCUCCAUGCUCCGGUCCAUCGUUCCCAAGAUCAGCAAGAUGGAUAGGACAUCCAUUCUUGGGGACACCAUUGACUAUGUGAAGGAGCUGACGGAGCGGAUCAAAGUCCUCGAGGAAGAAAUCGGAGCCUCGCCGGAGGACCUGAACCUUCUGAAUACUUUGAAAGACUCGUCCAACAGUAAUAACGAGAUGAUGGUGAGGAAUUCCACCAAGUUCGACGUCGAGAAGCGGGGCAACGGGAGCACGAGGAUCGAGAUCUGCUGCCCCGCAAACCCCGGGGUGCUGCUGUCAACGGUAAGCGCGCUGGAGGUGCUGGGGCUGGAGAUCGAGCAGUGCGUGGUGAGCUGCUUCAGUGACUUUGGCAUGCAGGCCUCUUGCUUACAAGAGGACGGGAAGAAACAAGUAAUAAGCACCGAUGAGAUCAAGCAGGCAUUGUUUAGGAGUGCAGGCUAUGGAGGGAGGUGCCUCUAGCAUGCAAUUCUCGAAACCUAUUCAGCAAAUAUAAGUUGCAUGAUCAUCUUUAUUAUUGAUGCUUUCCAUGGUUUUGCUCCAUGAAUUAAUAGAGCUAGUGUUCAUCUAUGAGUUUAGUACCAGUUAUCUGAAUCCCAGCAAAUUAAAGAUUUGCCCAGGUAUUGUAAGUUCAGCUGUUGUGGUUUGUAUCAUUGGAUCAUGGGCUGUAUGUGGAUUGAUAUUGUGAUGUAUCGCCCGACAUGAUUUGGGUUAAAUGCCAAGACGCCGAUUGUUUCUUCUGUA